GCCUGUGGGGUGAGGCUGAGGAGUAACCCCUGGCCUUCCUCCCGGGCAGUUCUGGGAUCGCUGCAAGCUCUUCCUGAUGCCGGCCAAGCACCAGCCCGACUACGUGUUCCUGCGGCACGUCCCGCUGCGCCGCAUCCACCUCUUCACGCUGGUGCAGAUCGUCUGCCUGGCCGUGCUCUGGAUCCUCAAAUCCACCGUGGCCGCCAUCAUCUUCCCCGUCAUGAUCUUGGCCCUGAUCCUGGUGAGGAGGCUCCUGGAUUUCGUCUUCUCCCAGCACGACCUGGCCUGGAUCGACAACAUCAUCCCCGAGAAGGAGAAGAAGAAGGAGGACGACAAGAAGAAGAAGAAGAAAGGCAACAAAGGCGACAGCAGCAGCGACGAGGAGGAAAGAGGGCCUCCCCCCGGAGCUCUGCGUUCUGACUCGUCCCCGAACGGCUCCGACAUGGACCGCAGGUAACCGGGACCCCGAUCCCA